UUGCGGGCACCGUUGCUGUGGCGCCUGCGUGGGCGGGAAGUGCCGCUCGUACGCAGUCUCCGUGGCCACUGCUCGGCGUUGGCCGUUUGGUUGCCGGUGGAGGCGUGGCUCAUGGCCCCGGUGUCCCAGUCCCGCUAUCCCGAGGACGCCGCCGGCUCUCGGAGGCGGCGACGCAGCUCUGUGGGGAGCCCGCCGUCCGCGGUGGCCAGACGCUUCCCUUGUGGAGGCCGCUCCCGCUCUCACUCCCGCGGCCGCGAGGGCCUCAGGCCUUCGUGGGGGGUGUCGGGCGUUGGCGACCCGAGUCCGCUGGGCCGAUCUGAGUCUCGGGCACAGCCUUCGGGGCCCCGCAACUACGCGUUCUCGUCCUCUUCCGUCCACUCUGGCGGAUACCGCUUCCAUCACCACCACUAUGCGGGCGACCUGCAGUGGGCCAAAGAGUAUGAGAAGGAGAAGGAGAGCUAUCGUCAGAGGUGGCUGAAAGAGAGAGAGAGGAUUGGGGAGCUGGGAGCUCCUGAGGUGUGGGGGCUCUCUCCAAAGUUUCCUGAGCCGGAUUCUGAUGAACAUACCCCAGUGGAGAAUGAAGAGGUAAAGAGUCAGGAGACCAGCAGUUCAGAUUCCAGCUCCGAAGAAAAGGGGAAUACCAGUCGUUCAAAAAGCAAGAAAAAAAGAAAGAAAAAGUCUAAAACGAAACAUAGGAAACAUUCUGAUAAUAGUGAUAGUAAUUCAGACUCCAACAUUAAUUCUAGUUCUGAUGAUAAAAAGAGGGCCAAAAGAGCCAAGAAGAAGGAAAAGAAGAAGAAACACAGGGCAAAAAGAACCAAGAAAAAGAAGAAUAAGAAGACUAAGAAAGAAUCCAGCGACUCAAGCUUUAAAGAUUCAGAAGGGGAGUUGCCAGAAGAUACCUGGAUUGAGCAGUCAAAGAUUACAGAUACCAUGGAUCUAAUAGGUCCAGAAGCACCUGUAAUACAUAUCUCUCAAGAUGAGAAACCUUUGAACUAUGGCCAUGCUCUGCUCCCAGGUGAAGGUGCAGCAAUGGCUGAAUAUGUGAAAGCUGGAAAGCGAAUCCCACGAAGAGGUGAAAUUGGGCUGACAAGUGAAGAGAUUGCUUCAUUUGAAUGCUCAGGUUAUGUCAUGAGUGGUAGCAGGCAUCGUAGAAUGGAGGCUGUACGACUGCGUAAAGAGAACCAGAUCUACAGUGCUGAUGAGAAGAGAGCUCUUGCAUCCUUUAACCAAGAAGAAAGACGAAAGAGAGAGAAUAAGAUUCUAGCCAGUUUCCGAGAGAUGGUGUACAGAAAGACAAGAGGGAAAGAUGACAAGUAAGGACUUUGUGUUGUACAGUGGGACUUUAACAACAAUUUUAUGUAAUCAAAACAAUAUGAAAAGACUUAACGGUGCUACUGUAUCUAUGAUGUUAGAAAGUCCUUCAAGAAAAAGCUGCUGAGAUCUGUAUUUAUUUUUAACUUAAUAUGUGCACAUAGUUUGAAAAAUAUUCAAAUGCUAUAGUAGAAGUUAAUAAAAGGUCUUUUACCCUAGUCGCUAA